AUGACUACUUCACUACGUUCCAGCCUUCAUGGUCUCGCAUUAGGACAAAAGCCAGCACCAACCGAUGAUGAUGGCGAAGUGCUAGAGCGCAUCAUUGUCGGUAUUGACUUCGGAACGACACACAGCGCGGUGGCCUGGGCGCAAACAUCGUCCCCCGAAGAAUACGAAGUAAUAACGCAUUGGCCGGGACAAACCAGCAAAGAUUGGGGGAAAGUACCCUCAGAUAUUCUUUACCCAGCACCUCCAAUAUCUCGAGCGGCCAGUCCCAAUGAAGUUGGAAGCCCUAAACUCAGCGCAUCAUUAUCACGACCUCCAAGUACCGGAAGUGAGCUAGUAUCGUCGACAGCCCUUGGGUUCAAAUGGGGCUUUGAGGUACCUCCCACAGAUCCACAGAAGCUCUCAUGGAUCAAGAUCCUCCUCGAUCCCUCACAACCGCGGCCGACAUUCGUAAAUCCGAAACGCACUACACUUCCGCGCGGGAAGAAGCCUGUUGAUAUAGUUACCGAUUACCUUACUGCACUGCGCCAGUACACUGAACAAACUCUCGAACGCCGCCUGGGUCGUGACUUGAUAUCCCGGAGUCAGGUUGAGUAUGUGCUCACCGUACCGGCCGUAUGGAGCGACAAGGCAAGGCAAAUGACCAUGGAGGCGGCUAUGAGAGCGGGGUUGGGCCUCGGGAAUGGUGGGGGCGAUGCUGAGGGAAGUGGGGGCUUAUUGAAGCUAAUCACAGAGCCAGAGGGAGCUGCGGAAUAUGCACUUAGGAGUAUUCAGCCAAAUUCGGUAAAGGUUGGAGACUGCUUCGUCGUCUGCGAUGCCGGUGGCGGCACCGUUGACCUGAUAUCCUACCGGAUCUCUUCCCUCGUUCCCCUACAACUAAACGAAGUAGCCAUCGGUACCGGUGCUCUUUGCGGCGCUGUAUAUCUAGACCGCCGAUUUGAAGAUUUCAUUAUCACCCGGAUUGGCAAGGAGCAAUUCGAGGCUAUGGAUCAUCGUGCCAGGUUCCAGAUGGUUCAGUAUUGGGAGACUUAUGUCAAGCGUGAGUUUGUAUUGACCGAUGAAGAUAAUGAUGGAGGUGAUGAUAGAGAGGGGCAGGUGGAGGGUGGAGAAUUUUGGGUCCCCGUGAUGGGAGUGCCAGAUGAUGACGAUAGAGGAGUAAAAGGAGGUUUCUUGAAAGUUACUAGGAAGGAUGUCAGAGACAUAUUUGAGCCCGUUGUGUCGCAGGUCUUGGAACUGAUAUCAAAACAAGUCAUUGAAGUUUUGAAAUCAGGAAAGGGCCCUGUCGCGGCAAUUCUUCUUGUUGGCGGUUUUGGCUCCUCGGAAUAUCUCUACCAAAGAAUCAAUAAAUGGGGCUCUGGCAAAAUUACCAUUAUGCAACCCCGAAACGCUUGGACUGCUGUCGUCCGCGGUGCAAUCAUCCGUGGCCUACAGGGCGACAUUGCAGCUGUGCAAUCCCGCCUCAGCAGACGCUACUAUGGUGUCGUCCACGACAGCAAGUUCGACGAAACAAAGCAUGAAGAAAGUGAGAAGAAAUGGCACGAGUUGCGGUGUGAGUGGGUGGUCAGAAAUAGGAUACAGUGGUAUAUCAAACGGGGUGAUGUCACAACGGAAAAGAAGAAAAUAUCCUUUCCUUUUUACCGUACAGUGGCAGAGACAGACUUGAUUGGUGACACACACCAGCUAAGAACAGAACUUUGGGUUUGCGAUGAGGAGGUUGCGCCGGAUAAACGGGAUUCCACUGUGAGAAAAUUAUGCGUAAUGACAUCCGAGCCAGUUCCGGUGAAACGAUUCUCAAAACACAAGAAUGGAAAGGGUCAAGUAUUCUACAGAGUAGACUACACGCUGGAUAUGACUGUGACCUCAGGCAUUGUGGUGUAUGAGAUGAGUCUAGAGGGUGAGGAGGGGACUGUGGGAAGAGUUACAACCAAGUAUGAGUAG